GAACUCAAUGGCAAAAGACCGCUGGCCAAAAUAAAGGCGGAUUGACAGUCAGAAGGAACCUAAUCGAAAUUGGAAAACAAAACAAUGAGCUCAGGAAACGGAUAGAUGGAGCAAGCUGUGCGUUUAUGGCUUUUAAAGACCGAAUGAGAAGAAAAAGACG